AUGGAUAUAAUCGAAAAAAACUGUCUGGGUAAGAAUACGAGCCAACCUGCACCAUGGAAAGUCCUCUUCAGUAUCCCCGUGCGACGAUUCGUGCCAAGAGGCCUCAACAGGUGGUCGGUGGAGAAGCAGGAGGUGCCAUGGGCAGUGUAUCCCACCUACAUGUGUGGUGUUUUCCUCCUGCUAGGCUUCCCACAACUAGAGCGAUUGGCGAUUGGUAUGCUCUUCACUCAGGCCUUUCCCCUCGAGGACGCCUACACGGGUGUGGUGGCAGCCAGAUUGGGACUUCGGCCAGGCAGUAUGUAUGAUCUGGUUCGACCAGAGCACAUCUUGACUAAGAGGCCGCGCAACCUUGAGUCUGUUGAGCACUUCCCCUCCAGGAUCUAA